UGGAUGGACGAAAGUUGGGUUGAGGGAGCGCGCGGAGGGGUUGGGAAAUUCGAGGUACGUCACAGGGCCUCGGCCCCCAUUUUGCCUCCCUCCCGCUGCCAGGAGCAGGAUGGUGACCGUGAGGGAGAGGGAGGGGGAUGGCGGCGACUGUUUAUAAAGACCGGAGCGUCGAACGGAGCCAGUGAGUGUGAGUACAAGUGCGUGCAAAACACAAACACACGGAGAGGACCCGAGGAAAAGCCCCAGGCCCCGGAGGUUUAUUUAUUUUGCUUUAAUUCCCCGAUGGAAUUUGAAAAUGAUGGAGUGAGGAUCGAAGUACCGGAGCGGGCCGAAGCGAUCGCCAACGGUAACGGCAAGGCCAACGCCCCGAGCGGCGGCGGCGGCAGCGGCAGCAGCAGCGGCAGCAGCGGCAUCGGCAGCAGCAUCGCGGCCGGCUCGGUGGUGGCCACCGUCGCCCGCAAGUCGUCGCCAGCCCUCGCCUCCCCGCCACCUUUCUUCCACAUCUUGGUGAAGCCGCCGUCCCCGCCCAGCCGUCUUUUAAAUAUUAUGGACAAUUUCUCGGAUGAGAAGAAGAACAGCAACAGCAGCAACAACAGCGAGGGAGAGUACGAGAGCCUUCCCGAGACCGCUUCCACCUCCACCCAUAUGAUCGCCGGAGCGGUGGCCGGUGUCCUGGAGCACUGCGUGAUGUACCCGAUCGACUGCGUCAAGACGCGAAUGCAGAGCCUGCAGCCAGACCCUGCUGCCCGGUACAGGAAUGUAAUGGAUGCCUUGAAGAGGAUUGUUCGCACCGAAGGAUUUUGGAGGCCAAUGAGGGGUUUAAAUGUGACUGCCACUGGUGCUGGGCCGGCACAUGCCCUCUACUUUGCGUGCUAUGAAAAAAUUAAAAAGACACUGAGUGAUACCAUUCAUCCGGGUGGCAAUAGUCACAUAGCUAAUGGUGCAGCAGGAUGUGUGGCGACUUUAUUUCAUGAUGCGGCCAUGAACCCUGCUGAAGGUGCUUGAACGACCUCUGGCCUCUCAAUUCAAAAAAAUUAGCAGGGGAUGAAUACUGCUCAUUACGAACCACUGACAGCUCUCCUUCAGUACGCUGAAUGCAGCAGACACUGGAAAAACAUUGUCACCGUGCCUUGUCUGCACUAUUUGAUUUUCUGUUUGCUUAUCCCUUUGCAACUUGCAGUCAAUGAGAAAUUAUGAUGUGCAUUUAUAUCACACUUUAUUUUUCAGGAGCAACACAGGGCUUUUUACAUACAAUGAAUGAUGCAGAUACUAUAUGACUGUUGUUAUACAGACAAAUGCAGCAUCCUUUUACAUAGAAGUUAUGGGGUAGAUUUUCAAAUUGCUGCCCAGGGUGCAAAUGUCAGAUUCGCCACCCAUUAAAGAAACCACAUGAUUUUGAUUUCCAAUGUUGAGAACCUACCAGUCCAACCAGCAUGUAUUAUCCUCCAUUUGAGCAAUAGUCCUAAUUCCAUGUGACCUCAAUCCUUUUAUUCCCAUUUUCUUCAACCUAAUUCUCUUCCGUUGAAUCUUACAUCUAUGUCCCCUUGUUCCAGACACACUCAACCACUGGAAACCAUCGGUUUCAAUCUAACCUAUUUCGUCAUAGUUUUAAACGCUUCUGCCAAAUUUCAAAUAAAAAUAGGAAAUGCUGAAAAUAUUCAGGCUGCAUCUAUGGAGAGAAAAACAAGGUUAAUAUUUUAGGCCUUUUGUCAGAACUGAAAAAUGUCAGAGCCGCAAUAAGUUGAAGCAAGUGCAGAGGCCGGGAAGGGUAGGAAGAAAAAGGAAAAAUGAAAGAGGUGAUUUGUAAUAGAAAGGAAGGCAAGAGAGAUUAAAUGAUGAGGUGAUAAUGGGAAGCAAUAAAAAAGUGAAAUGUGUCUAGAGGUGGUGUAUAUGGCAAUAUAAGAAUCAUUCCCAUUUUUUUUGGAGUGAAGCUGUUGGUGGGAGAGGCUAAGAUCUGAAAUAGUUAAACUCCGUGUUGAGUCUGGAAAACUGUAAAGUACUUAAUCGAUGCGCUAUUCCUCAAGAUUCUGUUGAGCUUCGUUGGAACAGUGUAGGAAGCCGAGGGCAGAUAGAUGGGAGUAGGGUGAAGAAUUAAAAUGACAGGCACUCAGAAGUUCAGGGUUUUGCUUGUGGAAUGAAGGGAUGUUAUCAUUUAACUGAUCACCCAACUUGCGUUUGGUCACUCCAUUGUAGAGGACACCGAAUUGUGAGCAGCGAAUACAGUAAACUAAAUCGAAAGAGGUACAAGUUACCUAGAAAGGAGUGUUUAGGGGCCUUGACUGUGGGAAGGAGAUUAAAGUGUAGGUGUUGAAUUUCCAGUGUUUUCACGGGAAGGUGGAGGGGGUGAUGGAAGAGUGGAUCAGGAUAUUGUGCAGAGAACAUUCCCUUCAGAAUGUUGAAAGGGGAGGGGAAGGUCUCCUUAAUGUCCUCUGGUCUAAUGAGAACAGCCUGACCAUAUCAGCCCUACCCUCAUAUUUGUAUCUCCUCAUACCAAGCAUCAUCAUAGUGAAUCUCUGGUACCCCCUCUAUUGUCUCGACAUCAUUCUUAUAGAAUGGAGCCCAAAACUGCUCAAAGUCUUAACUAUGAUCUUAUUAAGGUUUAGUUUUAUAGAUUUUCUAUUAUGUCUCAAUAUUUAUAUUCUAUGCCUCUUGUCAUACAAUCCAUUAUCCUAUUGGCUUUUUUCAUUGCCUUAUGCACUUUAGGUGUGGCUUUUAAUUAUAGAAUUUAAUGUCUUGAACUUGUACCUCAGAUCCCACUGCUUUUCCACAUCAUCCAGCUUCUGCCAUUCAUGGUAUAAUCAUUAUUCUUUCUUUUAUUAAAAUCUGUCAUUUGCCAUUGAAUUCCACAAGCCAUUUUUUACCUAUCCAUAUUCUACACUAGCCCUGUAAGCUCUUUCAGAUGAGAUGUUAAACUGAGACCCCCAUCUGCCCUCUUUUAGGUAUAAUAUAUCCUAUGGGACUGUUUCAAAGAAGAGCAGGAGAGUUAUCCAUGGUGUCCUGGCCAAUAUUUAUCCUUCAAACAACAUGACAAAAACUGACUAUUUGGUCAUUGGGGAACUUGUGGGAGCUUGCUGUGUGCACAUUGGAUGCCAGGUUUCCUACAGUACAACAGUGAUCACACUUCAAAAUACUUCAUUGGCUGUAAAGCACUUUGAAACUUCUGUGGUGUUGAAAGGUGCUAGAGAAAUGCAGGUCUUUGAAAUUAUUGAUUACACAAUGAACAGUAGCAAUUGCAGAACAGAAUCAUGUAGGAUAUCAUCGCCACCCACUUACAUCCACUGUGAGCAACAGCCCUUACAUUCUACUACAUUUUUCCUUUUUGACCUGUUUCUAACCUAAUUUGCUACCUCUCCGCUAACUGCAUAUCCUGUAAUCAUCUCCAGUAGUCUCCUGCAGUAGUGCUUCAUUAAAGGAUUUCUGACAGUCCAGUUACAUCACAUCAACUAUAUCUUCUCCUUCCCCACAUCUAUCCUCUCAUCAAGUAGCUCUAUAAGGUAGAAAUUCUACAACUCCCAACAUUGGAUUGAUUCUUGUGGCACACGGCAAUUAUGCCAGGCCAGGACUAAGAGCUGAGGACCUCAAAAAUUGGUCCUUGGUUCCCCUUCCUCAUCGUUUCAGUGAGCUGCUGGUACCGUGGUGCAGCUCACCUAUCAGGGUCUUAUUUUGAUGGGCUUCAAGACCGAUCGAUAAGUCUGGGAAGGAGGGAGGGAGUGAAUUUGGUUUAAGCUCCAACUAGUCUAACCACAUUUAGGAAUCCAGGGCAGAAAUGGGUGCAGACCUGCACUAAUUUCAAGGUGUCGCUAGAACGCCUAGAGAAAAACUUUGUUCAAUUUAGCAGCUGCCCAAACACCAUAGCAUCAUACUCAGAGCUCUGCCCUGUUAAAUUGAUUAUCAUUGUGCCUAUUUUAUGUUUGCGGAAUUUAUGGUCAACCCUCUGAGGAGUCUUAUGGCACAGUGGUAGUGCCCCUACCUCUGGGCUAGAAGCUCCUUGUUUAAGCCCCACUUCAGGACUUGAUGAUUAUGGAAGGUGUCCUAACAGUUGGUUAUAAGCUGGUAAAUCCUUCCAUUACACCUGGUGGCAGGCGAUAAGAUCAGGAAAGUUUCCUGGUCAGCCAUACUGCAGAAAGCAAUAGCACCUGAAGGAGGAGGAAGUCUUUCCUCACACUGGGGGGAGGUGAUGGUGUAGUGGUAUUGUCACUGGACUAAUAAUUUAGAGACCUAAGGUAAUGCUCUCAGGACCUGGGUUUGAAUCCCACAACAGCAGGUGGUGGAAUUUGAAUUCAAUAAAAAUAAAAAUUUAUUUAAAAAUCUGGAAUUAUAAGUGUAACGAUGAGCAUGUAACCAUUUUCGAUUGUUGUAAAAACCCAUCUGGUUCACGAAUGUCCUUUAGGGAAGGAAAUCUGCUGUCCUCGCCUGGUCUGGCCAAUAUGUGACUCCAGACCCACAGCUAUGUGGUUGACUCUUAACUGCCCUCUGAACAAGAGCAAUUAGGGAUGAGCAAUAAAUGCACAAUGUGCACAUCCCAUGAAUGAAUAAAAAAAACAUUGUGAUCUCUCAAAGAGCACUCAAUGUCUCACCCCAAAUAUGGCUUGGAAAUAAUUGAUUUUAAAAAAUUGGCAGUCAAUUGGCAGCAACAUGCUUUGAUCAGUAUAUAACCCACUAAACACCAGUGAAUUUAAUCAAAUGUUACUGUCCCUCCAAAAGAGGUAUUUUAUAAUACAGCAAAAAU